AUGGGAGGCCCAAAUCUUGAGGUCUUCAAGUUUGGCAUGUAUAUCCUCUUUCCCAUCGGCGUCAUGUAUUACUUCGGAACGAACCUAGACCAGCGGUUCACCGUGCCUGAUUUCUGGCCGAAGGAAGGGCAGACCCACAAGAUCCCGUUUGAGAAGGAUGAGAUUAAGGAUGAGAUUGAGAGGCUGAAGAGGAGAAGGCUUGAGGGGAGGGAUCGACGGUUACGCGCUGAAGCCAUGCGCCGAGAAGCGGAGGGAACGGGCGAUGGAAUGGGCGAAGAGUGA